AUGGACAUAAUUGAUUAAAACGAGAACAAGCUAGAUACUUCUGUUUUGAUAGAUGAAGAUCAGUAGCGCAAUUUAGAUGUUGUACUUUUUUCUAUGGAUUUCAGAUUAGAGGCUUCAAUGCUCCUGAGAAAAAUAUUUUUUGCGUAUCUUAUGGAAAAAUCAGCUUAUUAAAUUGAUAGAUACAAAGUUAUUGAGUAAAUAAUGAAGCACGGUGAAUUAAAUGUAGGUGACAGUAGAAUGAUUUCAAUUUCACUUAAGGAUUAUUAAAAUAUCAACUAUGAAAACCUACUUAUAAAAUCUCAGAAUGAUCGAGUAAAAUUUAUGUGGUAUGACAAAUUUUUGAAUAAAAAAGGCAUUCAAAUUACUACAAACUAGUUUUCAAAGCUUCUUGAAUGCUCAAUUGACUAUGUUUUCUGUGAUGAAACAAAUCUCAAAUUAGUUUAGUAUCUCAUGAUAGACUUUUUAUUGACUUUUAAACCAUUCUAAUAUUUUGAGUAUGCUAGGAUUAAAAAUUAGAUUGAAAAUAUGGCUAGCUUGAUCAAAAAUUAUGAAAUAGGGAAAAUAAGUUCUGACGGGAAUAAGUUGAAGAUUUAUAAUGGAAGAAAUGUCUGUUUUUGA